AUAAAUUUUCAAGAUUAUAAUUCUUAUAUUAGUUUAUUAAUAAUUGAAUUUCAUGAUUAUGCUUUAAUAAUUUUAUUAAUUAUUAUAUUUUUUAUUAUUUAUAUUUUAAUUUGAUUUAUAUUUAAUAUUUAUAUUAAUAAAAAUAUUUUACAUCAUCAAAUAUUGGAAAUUAUUUGAACAUUAAUUCCUGUUUUUAUUUUAUUUUUUUUAGCUGUUCCUUCUUUAAAAAUUUUAUAUAUAAUUGAAGAAAUGUUAAAUCCUUAUUUAACAAUUAAAAUUAUUGGUCAUCAAUGAUAUUGAAGAUAUGAAUAUUCUGAUUUUUAUACUUUAAUAUUUGAUUCUUUUAUAAUUUCAGAUUAUGUUGAUAAUAGAGUAUUUCGUUUAUUAGAUGUUGAUAAUCGAUUAAUCUUACCUUUUAAUAUAAAUAUUCGAGGUAUUGUUACAUCAGUAGAUGUUAUUCAUUCUUGGGCUAUUCCAAUAAUAGGGGUUAAAGUUGAUGCUAUUCCUGGGCGUAUGAAUCAAUGUAAUAUUUAUAUAAAUCGAUUAGGGGUUUAUUUUGGUCAAUGUUCAGAAAUUUGUGGGUUAAAUCAUAGAUUUAUACCAAUUGUUUUGGAAAGAGUAAAUUUUGAAAUAUUUUUAUUUUGGGUAAAAAAUUUUUAAAACUUAUUAUUUAUAUUAAUAUUUUUAAAUUGACAAUUUAAUGUUAUGAUUUAACUAAAGUUUA